UCAAAGAACAGCACCGUCAAUUCUGACAAGUCUCAAGAACAGGCAGCUAGUCAGUCCUCGCUUUCGACAGCCACAACACCCACCGCUGAGCGUCGUUAUGUGAUGGCUUGGGAGGAACUCGUCUCCACCGAACGAUCCUACGUCAGAUUUCUUCAAGCUGUCUGUGAGGUUUUCUCCGGCGAUUCUACGAAGGCUGCUUCCAGCGAAUUGCCGCCGCUUCCGCGAGCGAUUCAUGAUAAUCGGGCUCUCAUUAUUGUCAAUAUGCCGGAUCAACUGCGUUUUCACCGAGACCGUUUUCUACCGCAACUCAUUGCCUGUGACGGAGACGCUGAGAAGAUUAAAAAGUUAUUUCAGAAUUCGUUUUCGAGUAUGGUGGAUCUCUACUCAGCUUACUGCCGACACUACGAACGCGCCAGUCAAAUUGCGCUGACCUUGGAGUGUGAUCCAGUACACAGCCAGUGGAUGUCCCAAUAUAACCUCUACCUCCAUGCCCUUGAGAGUGCUGAUGAGUUAACCCUACAGGACUCCUCGACGGAACCAGCUGCCGACGAGGAUUCUACCGAGCAGACAACCAAUGGUGGUGGGGCUACCGCCAGGAGGAGGACUUCCACACCCUCCCGUCCGGUUCUCUCCUUCAGCGCAAGACUGCUCUCGCCUGCCCAACGAUUCCAGCGCUACCACCUCCUGCUCGAUAGGCUUAAAGGUUAUGCAACCAAUGGGACUGAAAAGGAAUGCUUGUCCAAAGCGCAUCAGGAAAUGGUCGACCUGUGCACGACCGUCAACACCCUAAUGCGUAUACCUGUUCUGACUGUGAGUUCGUGUAUAUGCAUAAAUGCACUCAAUUCUGUAUAA